AUGAUGGAUCUCAUGAAAUAGAUCGUUUGCGAAACUAUAGAUUUAUGGGCUAAGUAGGGUACAAUCGAUAUAGUACUGGAAACAUCAGAUUUGAUGAUGACUAUUAUUCUGGCAUGCGUAUUUGGCAGAUAGAAUGAAAAUCCACUUAUCAAUUACAAAGAUAAAGGAGAAAUAAGAUAGAUGAAGUUAGGCUAAGCUUUAUCUACAAAUCUAGGGCGAGCUGUAGAACGUGAGUUCUAAGCAUAUCUAAUAUUAUUCCCAGAGCUUUUUCCUUACUCUCUGUCAAACUUUGAUCAAGAAGUUUAGUAUAAUGCUGAAUAGGUAAUUGAAUACAUCAGAAAGCUUAUAUAGAUUAAAAGAAUUAGCUUUGCUUAAACAGGUCAUUACGAGGGAGAUGAUCUGCUUAGUGUAUUACUCUAGGAUGAGGUGUUUCAAGAUUCAGAUCAGAUGAUAAUUGAUGAAUGUAUUACCUUCUUCAUAGCAGGGUCUUAAACAACAGCAGUCACAAUUUCUAACUUUUUAUGCUAUAUUGCUUAAUCUUAAGAAUAUGAGAAAAAAAUUCGAUGGGAAUUUGGAAAACUAUUAUACAACUACGGAAUGGAUAUUCAAAAAUUGACAAAGGAACUAGAUCUAAACAAAAUAGAGGAGUUUGAAUACUUGAAAUUCUGCUUUUAUGAGACUUUGAGAAUUGAACCACCAGUGAUAAUCUCAUCAUCAGUUAAAUUGACAGAAGAUUAAGAAAUUUCAGGAGUGAUUAUAAAACAUGAUGAUAUGCUAAUUGUAAAUCUUCACCAAAUACAUCACAACAAAGAUCAAUGGAUUGAUGAUGACAAGUUUAUUCCCGAGAGAUUUGAUCCUUAGUCUAAGUAUUAUGUUACACCUGCUGGUACAUAGAGGAAUUAGUUUUCUUUUGUUCCAUUCCUAGGAGGAAAGAGAGUUUGUCUAGGCAAGACUUUCGCAGAAAAUGCUUUUAAGACCAUAGUUCCAUUGCUGAUGAAUAAUUAUAAAUUCUUGUUUUGUGAUGAUAAGUAAAAGUCUUAGAAACCUUUUAACAACGCACUCAUGUUCAAGAGACCAUAAGUAUACAUGAAAUUAGAAAGAAUUAAUUGA